AGCCGCCCCGGCGCCACCGCCGCACCUGCCGCGGCUCCCCAGCGGCGGCGUGGGGAGCCCCGUGCUUCCCGCUGCCGCCCCGCCUCGCCCCGCCCGCCGAGCCGCCGAGCGGGGGAUGGCGGAGGGCGGGCGGCGGCGGCUCCUGCCGGCUUGGAUGGGGGCGGCGGGGGACGAGCGGGCGGCGGCGCCGCCGCCCCCCAAGGCCGGGCGGCGGCGGCGGCAAGCGACGGCAGGGCCCAGGGCGGCGGCGGUGCAGUACUGCAUGAACGAGGCGGAGCUGGUGGACGUGGCCCUGGCGGUCCUGGCCGAGAAUCUCCAGCGUGAUGAAGAUGAGGAGAAGGCCCGGUCCAGGAGUGAAGAGGAGCAGGAGCUCCAGCCAACACCAGAGGAGGCUCCUGGAAGCACAGCCAGCAUGGGGGGAGGCAGCGACCGCAGUCCAGCUCUCCCAUCCCCUCCUGAUGCUGCUGCUGGUGCCGACGCAGAGAGGACAGGCUCGGAGGAUUCUGAGGACGAUGUUCUGAAAUAUGUCAGGGAGAUCUUUUUCAGCUAACAUCAUCCCCUCUGCGGAUCCCCAGGAGCAACGGGGAGAGUGGGGAGGGUGUCCCCUCCCACAGCACUGAGGAUGGGGGGAGGAGGGCCUGGAGUGGACUGUGUAUCUGCCUUGUUGGUGGCCUAUGGAGCUGGUAGGAGGCCCAUGAAGGCCAUAGGGGAAAAGGAGGGGGACACACACUUCUCCCAGUGUGUGCUGGGUUCAGUGGUAUUUGGCUCCAGAUUAGUUAAUUUCUCUUUGGCAUCUCAGAGCAUGUACAGAUUAAAGAGGACAUUCGGGUUUCUGUGAGUGUCCCUUUGGUGGGUCAGUGUUGGGAUGGGAGGGCAGCAUGGAGUUGCUGCCCCUGCAUGGCCUUUGCUGGCCCUGCAUAGCUGGAUAGUCAUGGUUCAGCCUUGGGGCUCCCUUGUCUUUUCUGUUGCUCUGUGACAGCUGCAGUGGGGUCUGGCAGGCUGUCCCCAUUGGAACUGAUGCUGAAUUUCCCUCCAGGCUCAGGCACACCUCCCAUGGCUGAAGAAGACAUGGGUGGGAGCAGACUGGUAGGG